AUAGAAAACGAAAAACCUAGAUGUAUGUGACAGGUUCAUUGGUAUUAUGAAUCGUGAUUCUAGAUGGAUGUUCUUAAUCUUGGCUGCACGGAGCUAGAAUAAGAUUUGUCAUUUCCUUACAAAAGUGCUGGAUUUAUCGGUGAUCUCUAUACUGACAUGUUCAGGUGAGUUUCGAAGAGACUCCCACAGGUAGGUGGUUCCCAGAGCUGAGCCAGCUGCCGAGCAGUGUGACCUAGCUACCUGGACAUGAGGGUGGUGGGGGACCAGAGACUGACUGCCCUCGGGUGCCAGGCCGGCCAGCUCAUGUGUGCCGUCACCAACAUCAUCUCCUGUGAGGUUGUUCAAGUGUGGUGGUCAAGUGCAGUGGAUGGACCAAUAUCCUCAGUCAGAAUAUUACACCAUUCAUCGAAGUCAACAGAGGCUGGCAACUAUCAUCUAGUGGUUGGAUCAGCUCUGGAACUGGGAGUAGUCUUCCUGAAUGUGAUGGAGGAAGGGUUUGGGAGGUCAGUGGUACUGCCUGACUCCCACAAACAUGACAGUGUGCUGUGUGUGGAGUUGGCAGAUGUCGACUGGGACGGCCAGCAGGAGAUCAUACUAGGCACUUUUGGGAAGGAUAUUCUGGUGUACAAGCUGUCAAUGAAAGAAGGAGAUGUGAUGGUGGCAGAUUUGGUGUGGCAGCACAGUCUGGCUCACAGGAUCCACUGUAUGUGGUAUGGAGACCUGACUCACGACGGACUCUCUGAACUGGCCGUGGUCUCCACUGGAGGCAUCCACAUCCUUCAGCACAACAUGGAGCAGGCCAGAAGAUUGGUGAUAGAGAGACUGGUGCAUUCUCUGGAUCAAGAAGAGGGUGACAGACUUGAACCAAACGAUGAUAAUACCUGUUCAUAGUGUUUG